CCAUCCCACCAUACCCAAUCUAUCCGUAUCAAGACGUGCGCGCAGCGCGACGCGUUAAAUGUGUCGGUUCGAGCUCUUGAGCUUGCUCAUAGUCUUUUGUCAGCGUCUUGCGUCACCAAAGACGCGAUCUCGCCCGAGAACAAGCGACUUGCCAUUGCCGCGGCCAUGCUACACGAACUCCUCCUCUCGCUCUCCGGACACCCAUCCCCGCUCUUCGAUGCCCCUGGCCACGUGACCUCGACUGCUGAUCGUCUGCUCUCCCCAUCGGAAAAAGAAUUGUUGUCUUCAAUCGGCCAUCUUUCCAGGCUACACCGGAAACUGCGCGACCAUGCUGCUUGGAUUGCCGCUUCUCACCCUUCCAUCAUCUGCCGAGCAGUCGCCACUUCAAUCACAUCACACCACCUUGAACAGUUCCAGCAGAAGAUACUGGAUGUUGAGAGCCGCAUUCUCAAACAAGAUGCUUCGACUGUUGGUGCGUACAAUAUUGUGCCACUUGCCGGGGUCGUCGGCGAAUUUUCGGAAUGGGUCAGGAUCAUGGAGUGGCUCUGGGACAUCACCAAUUACAUGAUUCCUGCGGAAGCUUCUCACAAAAUUGAAAAAAUGCUUAGUCAAUCCGCUUCAGGCGCUGGAAUUAUUGACAAGCUGCGGGCGGAGGCUCAGACUGGGUAUCCCGAUAUCGAAGAGGCCGCGCAUGGCCUAAGCAAGGUUGCGGAAACAUCGUGGUUACGGCAACUGUCGACAUGGUUGCUGUACGGCCGCCUGCCUUCGUGUCGUAUUGAUUUUUUCAUUCAGCAAGAUGACGAAGAUGCCGAGGAGCAGAUCUUCAUCUUGCAGAGUAAGUUGCUGCCCAAAUUUGUGACAAGGCAGACGGCUCUUUCGAUCUUGUUCGUUGGAAAGUCACUCAACCAGAUUCGUUCGCUGCCAUCAGCAGCAAAGGCACUGGACGCCACCAAUUCGCUUUCAGAGCUUGAUCUGCUACCUAAGCACGUUCAGCAGCUCUCUGAAGUCACCGCGCCAAUAUCAGUAGCGAAGCUUUCUGAAGCUGUAGCGAAUAUUCGUUUGUCGCUGUCACGAAACCUUCUACAGCACUUGCUGCCACGCGAGAAGAUUGUCGAGACCUUGACUGUUCUUCAUCAGUUUUUUCUCAUUGGCCGGGGUGAAUUCGCCCUGACCCUGAUUGCUGAGGCAGACGAUAAGAUGUCAUCGCGACACCGCAAUUCAUUGUCAGGAAAGCCUAGCCAGUCAGUAAAGGGCGUAUUGCUCAAAGAAGCGGAGAUCAACCAUAUCCUUAUGCGCUCCUUCUCCAUUCUUUCGACACUCUCUAGCGAGGACGAACAUACGGACGAUAUCCUGGAUGUUGCAACACAGCUACUACACUUGAGUGUAAACGGUUCUUCCAGCCACCGCCCUGGAACACCGGGACGUGCUAAGGAUGCAGACUCUACGCUUCCACAGCUCCCGAACCUAUCCUUUGACGAGUUGCUGCUGUCUGUGCCGACAUCCCUCACGAUGGACAUUCGAUCACCCCUUGAUCUAUUCCUGACAAAGGCAGACCUUGAUUUCUAUACGGAGGGAUUAUCCGUGUCCCCCCGGCUACCAGUACAGCAACUCUGCGCACGGAAGAGCGAUACUCAAAAGACGCCGCCAACGGACUACAAAAAGGUCGCAAGACAUGCGAAAAAUUUGGGCCACCACGAUCCCGAAGCGCUAGCCUCAGCCCACCGCCGCUUCCUCUCAUCAGUCGCCUACUCCCUCCUCCUAACCGACCAAUCCUUCACCAAAACACUGCGUACACUAUGCACUCACGUCGACGAGCUGGUAGCAUUUAUCACACGCUUGACCAAGAUUCAGCAGAAUCUCGACCUCGAAGAAGACGAGGGCGUAGAAGACUAUGCCCAGAACUACCAAAAAGAAGAAAAAGACGUGAGUAUUGAAAUGGAUCGUGCGAGACGACGACUAGAUAGUGAUCUCAAGGCACUGGUGGACCGGUUGCGAGAAAUAGAUAGUGAGAGGAUUGGGGCUUCAGCGCCUGGUACGGCGAGUUCAGUCACGUUGAGCGAAGGGGCGUAUGAGCCGUUGAGGGUAGGCGGGAUCGAUCGGUUGUUGAUGAAACUUGAUUGGGGUGGUGAAGAUGGCGAGGGAGAGCCUGUGGUUGAGGAUUUGCUGUAGUUGUAAGGUGAGAGUUGCUUUGAGGGCAAGAAAGGCAUGCAGUAGUUUGGGCUUGACGGUUGAAAAUGCUACCCUAUGCGACCACCUAUCUUUUUCUUUCAUGAACGACGAUAGCAAACUACGACAGUAAGUCAUUUCUUGGUUAGCCAACACAUAUGAUCAAUGCAACAUAAGCUCUCAGACUGUCCAGAGAUCUCUCGU